AUGGCCUUCUUACAGCAGCAUAGGCCACAGAGCGGCCACCAGACUUCCUACCAUGGCCCAGAACGCGUCGACGAAGCCACACCCGCCUUGCCCCAGGUCAAGACGUCUCUCGAGCAAUCAGAGGAGUGGGUUCUCUUCUCUCCCCCCGCCCCCUCGACCACCGCCCGCACACACACCACCUCGACUGAGCGAACACCGCGCACAGCUGGCCUGUCGCGCUUCAGUGAGUUUGGCUCGCUCGAAACAGUUGCUCGCUCGAAUCAGGACGAUGAUGUCGGCACAUCCUUUGGCACAGAGGAGGAACUUGAUAGUCUCGAUGAUGGCCUGCAUGCUUUCCACGAACCAUCUGAAUACGGUGCCCCGGUGAGCAGACUGCAGGAAAGUGGAGAUACCGUGCUCCCAACCCACGAUGGGCUGGGCGAAUUCAAACCAGACUCGACUAUGCAAGAACACAUGUGGCACUUUGAGCGCUCGCGGAGGCGACUAGUCAGACGGCGCUCGAGUGUCCAGCGACAUUUGACCAUACUUGACGAUACCGACGAAAUGACCACAGAACAAGAGAAGCGGCAGCGUAUUGAGAGGUGGCGGUUGGAGCAAAGCAAAGCCUUGUUGGAGGAAGUCGAGAGGGAAACAAGGCGAAGACGGCGAAUGAGCAUGGUUAGUACUACACGGAGUCGGCGGGAGAGUACCAAUGCACCCCAACAACCAUCGAGUGCAGUUCCACAACAGGCCCCGUCUGUCUCUGAUGCACAGAGCGACUCAUCUGAAGAAAGUCCUGAGAGCCUCACAUUCUGGCAACGGAUAACACGACGGGUAAUUCGAGAUCUCAUUGGUCUUGACGACAACACACUCUCAGUCAUAUUCGGAGAGACAAUAUCAGAUGAAUCACCAACACCCACCCCUGGCACACCUACUGAAUUCUCCACGGACAAGGCCCUAGAGGAUGCAGGAAUCGAUGCCUCGCGGUUUUCAGAUGAUGUCUGGCAGACGAAGCUACUCGAGAGGGUAGCCGUGGAGCUGGGAACCUUGGUCAACCAACUUUCUGAGCAUCCUGGAGCCUUCUCUACAUAUCAACAAACACAAUCAAUACCAGACUAUGCAGGUCUUACACCGGUAAGAUCUAAUACGACCCUCGCAUCCGACACAACAUCCUCACGACCAGCAAGUUCUCAGCCGACCACAUUACCUGCAUCAGCCCAGUUCGCUCCUACUUUCCCAGCUCAAGCAUCCCAUACCUAUAGCGAAGCUUCGUUGUGGGGAAUUGAAGAAGAACCCAACGACGCCGACUUGUUAGAUUCAUCUGUUGCAACCCCCAUCCCCACGCCCGAUAUUGCCGAAGAACUUGCCCGCGAGCGCGAGUAUUGGGAACGCGACAUUGACGUGACAAUGAUCUUCAACUUUCUGAUCAAACGCUUUUCUUCCCGGCGGUCGAGUAUUUCGCUUCCUCCGCCGUCUGCCCGCACAGCUAGUGCCUCACGUUCGGCAGGGGCAGAAGACGACAACAUGAGCUCAGCGCGCCGAGCAGCAAUCAUCCGCCAGCACCACCCUUUGGUAGAUAGGACGACGACCGAUGCUAGACUCCCGACGUCGUCCGCUGCUCAAACCAAAAGGGAGUCAUCGUCGAGACGGUACUCGACCUACUACUCGCCGCCAUCAGUCCCAGCUGGACUGAGGGAAAAGGCAAAGUUGAGGAGUAGCAGUAGCUGCGCUAGCCAGAGCACCAAGAAGAGCAAACGGAGCGGGAACUCGGCAAGAAACUACUGGGAUUUAGGUGGCAGUGUAGGCAGUGGCAGUGUAUUUGCUGGUGAAGUGUAA